GCAUGCACCAUACGUGCAGGGGGAAGGGCUUUAAAGCCUCUGCUCCACAUCUUCCUCCUCCACAGCUCCACAGACGUCGCUGACUGUCAGUCCUGGUGGUGGUGGUUGUUACGUAACCGUGUUUCUCUUCUCUUCUCUUCUCUUCUCCUCUCAACCGGUCACAAUGGCAGCGAUCAGGACUCUCAGAAAACUGUGCCAACACUCCCAGCAUCAAGUCUGUAAACUGCACACGUCCGCCUCGAGACAGGAGGCGGUGGUCAUCUCAGGAAAGAAACUAGCUCGACAGAUUCGAGAAGAGGUCCGGGCUGAUGUGGAGAAAUGGGUUUUAGCCGGCCACAGGAGACCCCAUCUGAGUGUGGUUCUGGUAGGAGAAAAUCCAGCCAGUCACUCCUACGUCCUGAAUAAGACACGAUCUGCAGCUGAUGUUGGAAUCUCUAGUGAGACCAUUGUCAAGCAUUCAGACAUCAGCGAGGAGGAGUUAUUGGACCUGAUCUACAAACUUAACACAGACCAUCGUGUUGAUGGCCUGCUGGUCCAGCUGCCUCUCCCAGAUCACAUUGAUGAGCGGACAAUCUGUAAUGCAGUUUCCCCUACCAAGGACGUGGACGGUUUCCACGUACUUAACGUGGGUCGCAUGUGCCUGGAUCAGUCCACCAUGCUUCCUGCCACUCCCUGGGGAGUCAUGGAAAUUAUUAAACGCACAGGUAUUCCUACUAUUGGGAAGAAUGUCGUGGUUGCAGGACGCUCCAAGAAUGUGGGCAUGCCCAUCGCCAUGUUACUGCAUACAGACGGCCGUCAUGAGAGGCCCGGAGGUGAUGCCACGGUAACCAUUUCUCACCGUUACACCCCAAAGGAGCAACUUUGCCAACACACUAAAAUCGCUGAUAUCAUCGUGGCUGCUGCAGGGAUUCCGAACCUCAUUACCUCCGACAUGAUCAAAGAGGGAGCAGCGGUGAUUGACGUUGGAAUAAACAGAGUGCAGGACCCAGUCACCGGAAAGAGCAGACUGGUUGGAGAUGUGGAUUUUGAAGGCGUGAGACAGAAGGCGGGCUUCAUCACCCCUGUGCCCGGAGGUGUGGGACCCAUGACAGUGGCAAUGCUAAUGAAGAACACUAUCAAAGCAGCUAAGAACGUUCUGCUGUUUCCUCCAGAGAGGAUCCGCAUGGCGGCUACAUCCUAAUAGGCAGUAGAAAAUCCAAGCCAUAGUGACACAUUCCACCCCCGUUAUUUUUAUUUUUUUUUACUUGGAGCAACCUGAGGACCUUCAUUUGCACACGGACUGGAAAGAUGAUAGCUUUAAGACUUUCUUCCCGCUGGCAUCUUUAACCUCUUCUAACUUCAAGUUCAGCCAUGUGUAGACUGUUACAUUCACUCCUGCAGCUGUGUUUUAUGUAACAAGGUUUUUAGUAUUUAUCAUUUGCAAUGUAUUUUUGGGGGGGUUUAAGGAAUCUUAUGGGAGGAAUAUUAUUUUAUUUAUUACUAUAUUGACAUAAUAUUUAAACAUGAAUGGAGGCAGGUUACAGCAUAUAGGCCUGUCUCUUGUGUUUCUUUUCAUUAGUUUAGCCUUAUGUACCAAGAGUGAUAAGGGCUAACAUCAUCAGGAACACCUAUAUUUAUCAAUAUACAAGCUUUAUAUAUUCACAAUUGCCUUUGUAAAAACUUUGAAAUAAAUACUACAAAUAUGUUCACACAUUG